AUGCUCAGCUCACACGCCUUAAGCACCCUCUCCCUUGCCCCUCCUUCUUGCCGCCCAUGCUGGCAGGUGGGAACGUUCAAGGGUCACAGGGCGAAGGUCAGGCUUCUUCUGGUGUUGGGCGAAUGCCUGCUCUCAGUGGACGAGCAGAGGCAUGUGCUCCUGUGGCCAGUGGGGACACUGAAGGGACACAAGGCGAAGAUCAAGCUGCUGCUCGUGUUUGGCGAAUACUUGAUUUCAGUGGACGAGAAUAGGCAUGUGCUUAUGUGGCCGGUCAGAGGGACACAAAGAGAUGCGCCCAAGGGAGAGGGAGAGGAAGGGAAGGGGAAGGAGGGGAAUGAAGAAGAGGAGGGUAGAGGGGAAAGAGGGGGACCGGAUGGGGAUGGAGGAGUGGGGAACGAAGAGGGGAAGAAACCUGGAGGGGCUGACCAGGAGGGGUUUGUUCUGGAGCCUCUCGGGCAGUUUCAGCUGCCCGAGGGGUUCAAUCCAACCGGGGUAAUUCACCCCGACACGUACCUCAACAAGCUCCUGUUCGCGUCAGAAGACGGGCGCAUGCAGCUGUGGAAUGUAAAUUCCAGGAAGCUUCUGUACGAGUUCAAGGGGUGGGGCGUGGGGAUAACAGCACUGGUGGGGUCGCCUGCAUUGGAUACAGUAGCAGUGGGGUGCAGCGACGGCAAGGUGCAUGUGCAUAACAUAAGGCUGGAUAGGCCAGUCGUGGAUUUCACACACGCUGCUGCCGGUGCUGUGACAUCCCUCGCCUUCAACUCAGAUGGUCCGCCUCUUCUAGCGGUGGGCGGCAUGGGAGGAGCUAUCAGCGUGUGGGACCUCACCAACCGCCGUCUGCACUCUAUCAUUCCCGACGCUCAUGAUGGCCGUGUAGCGGCGCUUUCUUUUCUCGUGAAUGAGCCGCUUCUGCUGUCCGCUGGCGCUGAUAACAGCCUCAAGAUCUGGAUAUUUGAUUCGGUGGACGACAACCCUCGUCUCUUGCGCUACCGCACAGGACACAGCUCGCCGCCCUGCUGCAUCAAGUACUACAGGAACGGCCGUCACAUUCUCUCGGCUGGGCUCGACAGAAGCUUCCGCAUCUUCUCCACCGUUCAGGACCAGCAAAGCCGGGAGUUAUCGCAGGGAAACUUUGAGAAGAGAAUGAAGAAAAUGAUGAUGAAGGAGGAGAAGCUAAAGCUCUCCAAGGUGGUCUGCAUUGACGCUGCUGAGGUGCGGGAGAGGGACUGGGCGAACGUGGUGACCUGCCACGAGGGUAACCCAGCAGCAUUCGUUUGGGAGCUGAGGAAUUUUGUGAUCGGCAAGCUGAGGCUGGUUCCGCCAGGAAUUGAACCCUCGCCUGCCACUGUGUGUGCGGCCAGCAUGUGCGGCAACUUCGCCCUGGUAGGCACCUCCUCGGGUCAUCUGCACCUCUUCCACCUGCAGUCAGCACGGCACCGCGUGGCGUACCAGUCAGAGAAGAUGCAGUACAGCCCGGCACAUGGCGGCAUGGUGACUGGCGCUGCUAUUGACGCACUCAACAGGCACAGCAUCAGCUGCGGCAGAGAUGGGCGUGUCAAGGUCUGGUAUCUCAAGUCCGGCCGCCUGCGAUUCGAUGUGAAUGUCGGCUCGCCUAUAGUGAAGUUGAAGUUCCAUCACGGCAACAACCUAGCAGCAAUCGCCUGCGAGAAUUUCACGACCUACAUCUUCGACGCCGAGGCUGGCCGGCUGGUUCGGCGGUUCCCGGGCCACGAGGAUCGGAUCACCGCCGUCGAGGUCAGCCCCGACGGCCGGUGGCUGCUGACGUCAGCCAUGGAUCUGACCGUGCGCACGUGGCAUGUCGUGAGUGGCCGCCCGCUGGACGCUUUCCAGGUGCCGACAGCUGUCGUGGGGCUGUCCAUGUCACCCACUUCGGACCUUCUUGCCACCAUUCACCUCAACCGCCGGGGAAUCUACCUCUGGGCGAACAAGGCCAUGUAUUCUGGGAUAGAUGACUCCGACCUCCUCCCGGUUCCCCCCUCCCUCCCUGCCGCCACCGCAACUGACGGCACCGGGACCAAUAGCAGCGUGCCAGCUGUCCAGAUGCCAAUUCUGAUUGGUCCAAACGAGGGAGCGGAGGGGGAGGAGGAGGAUGAGGAGGGGAGGAGGGUGGGUGGAAGGGGUGUGGGGACAGGGGACGUGGCGGUUAUAGCUGGGGAGGGGGGAGGAGGGAGAGCGGGAGUGAGUGGAGGGGAAGGUGAGGUAGGGAGAGGGAAGAGCGAGGGGGGGACGAGAGCAGAAUACUGGACAGCUGAAGAGGCAGAGAGAGAAGCGAGGGACUAUGAAACCAGUGCCGCCGCCACUGCCGCUGCUGCCGCCGCCGCUGGUGGUAGUGGUGGUGGUGCUGCUGCUGCUGCUGCAGGAGAGAACCAACAGCAGAACCAGGAGCUUCAACUUCAAGUCCCGGGGCUGAUAUCCCGUGCCAUGCUGCCUCGCUCUCAGUGGGUGAAUCUAGUGAUGCUAGAUGUGAUCAAGGAGAGAAACAGGCCGAUUCAGCCGCCCAAGAAGCCUGAGCAGGCGCCCUUCUUCCUCCCCUCCGUACCGACGUUCUCGGGGGCGAUCCACUUUGCUCCUCCCCAGGCCGCUGCUGCUGUUGCUGCUGGCUCGGCCGAACCUGCCGGCUCGGCUGGUUCGGCCGAACCUACUGGUAGCACCGCUGCUGCUGCUGAUGGUGUUGCAGGAGGACUGGAGGAGUUUGAAAUGGACACGGAGCUGAUGAGGGCCAUCAGAAGAGGAGCACAGAGCGAGCCAGCAGACUACUCCCAAGCUACGGCUCUGCUGAAGGUCAUGUCGCCGUCAGCCGUUGAUUUGGAGCUGCGGGCGAUCGAGAUCGUUGAUGACAGCCCCUCCCCGGCGGACCUGCACCGGGUGGCUCUCUUCAUGUCCUUCCUCGAGGGGAAGCUUCGUGGAAGCUGCGACUUUGAGCUGCUGCAAGCGGUGACGCACCGAUUCCUGGCGAUCCACGGGUCAGCAAUCUCCUCAUUCCCCCAGCUGCGCGCCAAGCUGCCUGCCCUCAAAGAAGCCCAGGCCUCCAGCUGGCAGCGGCUCGACGAGCUCUUUCAGAGCAUUCGCUGCGUUGUGGAUUUCAUCGCAUCUUCCUAG